AUGGCGGACUUCAAGUUGAAGGUGGAUGAAUCCAACAAGGCAACGGAGUUGCCCUUGCUCCGCAUUUGUGGAACUGUUCAACAGAAUCCACACAUGCGAGCGUUCUGGGGAAGCGUUUUCUCCUUCUUCCUCGCCUUCUUGGGUUGGUUUGCUCUCGCUCCCUUGGGGCUGGAAGUGGCCACCAGCAUCAAUAUGUGUGAGAACCAGAAGUUCCCCCCCGCCGAGAAUCCAUUGCGGCCGGCCUAUCUGAAGUACAAAAGCCUGAAAACAGGUCUGGAGUACUGCCAGUAUGGCAAGGUCAAGGAUGGUGAUGUCAUCACGGACUGCGCAGCAGUUCCAGCUGAUGUCAUGAGCAGAGCCACUUUCGUGACCAACCAGUUCUGGUGUUCCUUGAUGUUCGCGCCCAAUGUGAUUGGAACUGCGAACGCUACAGCAGCCGGAUGGGGAAAUCUGGGUGGUGGUGUCACGCAGAUCUUCAUGAUCUCUGUCCUCUUUAACCCCAUGGUGAGCUCGGGAAUGGCAGCUGACACAGCCUGGCGAGUGGCCAUGAUCGUGCCUGCCGUUCUCUUUGUCAUCACGGCGGCGUGCUUGAAGCUGUUGUGCUGGGACACCCCCACCGCAAAGAGGUUCGACGUGUCCGUGACGGGCAAGACUAAGAAGCCAUCCAUGUGGGACUACGUUGAAGUGUGCUCGGACUUCAGGGUGCUUGUCAUGAUCAUGCAGUACUCGGCUUGCUUCGGCACGGAGCUGGCGAUGAACAACCAGUUGGCCACGCACUUCAGGACCUAUUUCCAGAUGGAUGCAGCAGAUGCCUCUGCCCUAGCCGGAGCAUUUGGCCUUAUGAAUCUGUUUGCCAGGUCCUUGGGUGGAAUUACAAGCGACAUCCUCUUCAAGUACAUGGGAUUCCGCGGCCGCAUCUGGGCACAAUUCUUGUCCCUCUUCUUCGAAGCAAUCUUCCUCUUCUGCUUCGGCCUCGUGGACAACUCGCAGCCGUGGUAUGUGGCCUUGGCAGUCCUGGUGUGCUUCUCCCUUUUUGUCCAGAUGGCGGAGGGAACCAGCUAUGGCAUCGUGCCUUUCAUGAACAGGCCACAGCUAGCCGUGGUGUCUGCCCUUGUUGGCGCUGGAGGGAAUUUGGGAGCUGUCAUUGCAGGCUUUUGCUUCUACCGACCGAUCGAUGAUCCCUUGCUUCCUUUCCAAGUGCACGCUGGCUACGUGAUGUUUUGGGCAUUGCUCAGCCCUUGCUACUACUGGUCGGAGCACGGGGGCAUGUUCCAUGGUCCUGCAGAGGUAAAGACGGCAGAGAUCAAGGCCGUUGAAGAAACCAAGGACGCUCCCGCCGCCGAGACGGCGGUGUAG